GGUUCAUGAAUUUCAAGCGGCAGUAAAUGCAAUUUAUCUCUGGACGCUCACAUCCUCUUCUUCCAUUCAAAGAUGAUAUAUAUAAAAGCCCCACAAAGGGCAUUCAGAGAGUAUAGAAUAGCUUGACUUCGAGCUUUUGAGCACAGGGACAAUGGCCUUCAUCGCCAUGUUUAUAGUCCUUUCUUGUUUCUUUUCUGCCUCUGCUGCUCUUCCUAACGCAUUGAAUCCACCCCCCUUCAAUAAAAUCUAUGCUUUCGGUGACUCAUUCACCGACACAGGCAACACCCACACAGCAGCUGGACCCAGCGGUUUCGGCCAUGUCUCCAAUCCUCCAUACGGCAUCACCUACUUUCACCGACCCACCAACCGAUACUCCGAUGGACGGCUAGUCAUCGACUUUGUAGCUCAAUCACUGUCCUUACCAUUGUUGCCUCCUUACCUUCACACCAAAAAAAAUGCAACCCAUGGUGUUAACUUUGCUGUAGGUGGUGCCACUGCUAUACUGCAUUCCUUCUUUGUGAAGAACAACCUCAGUCUUGACAUUACUCCUCAGUCUAUCCAAACUCAGCUCCGUUGGUUCAACAAAUUCUUGGAGAGUAAAGGGUGUAAAAAGUCGAAUCCGUCAGGGCCUGAAUGCAACGCAGCUCUUGAUGAUGCUUUGUUCUGGGUUGGUGAAAUUGGAGUCAAUGAUUAUGCAUAUACCAUUGGAUCUUCUAUAUCUGGUGACACCAUUCGCAAACUAGCCAUGCCUAGCUUCACUAAGUUCCUGCAGGCAUUGCUGGAGAAGGGUGCUAAGUAUGUUGUUGUUCAAUCACUGCCGACGACAGGAUGCUUGCCACUGGCCAUGUAUUUAUCCCCUCAAGAUGAUAGAGACGAUAUAGGAUGUGUAAAGACUGUGAACAACCAAAGUUUUACACAUAACGUUGUUCUCCAGGCUAAUUUGCAGAAGCUCCGCAAGCAGUUUCCGCAGGCUGUCAUCGUGUAUGCUGAUUACUGGAAUGCCUUCCACACCGUCAUGAAAAGUCCAAAGAAGUAUGGCUUCAAGGAGCCUUUCAAGGCAUGCUGUGGAUCAGGUGAACCCCCUUACAACUUUGAUCCGUUUGCUACUUGUGGAACACCUUCUGCAACUGCUUGCCGAAACCCUUGUCAGUAUGUUAAUUGGGACGGAGUUCACCUCACUGAGGCUAUGUAUAAGGUGAUGAGUGACAUGUUUCUCAAUGGAACAUUCAGUCACCCUCCGUUCAACUAUUUACUGAGCAAAAAACAUCGCCAGGGAUGAACCUUUUCUAUUGCCAUUAAAAAAGCUUAAGCAAUAUUUGUGCUGUCUUGUCUCUGUCAGAUUCACAGUUGAACUUGAGCUACUGGCUGACAAUAUAUGGGAAGAAAUGUAACUCAGAUAUAUUCCAUUUUAAAACCUUGUUCAGUAUCUAA